GCAUGCGCGGGGCGGUGAGGGGGAGAGGCUGGGGGCGGGCGGCCAUGGCGACGUUCUUCGGGGAGGUGGUGGCGGCGCCGUCCCGGGCCGGCGUGGACGACGACGAGGAGGAGGCGGCGGGGGAGGCCCUGGAGGAGACGCCGGAGGACCGGGAGAUCCGCAGGAGGGUGGAGGAGAAGAGGGAGGUGGCCGUGCGCUGGGCGCUGCCCGCGGGAGAAGCCGCGCCGGGAGCCGACCCGGAGCCCCUGCCCUGCUCCAGGUUCGUCGUCGCCGUGGGACACAACGCCGCAGCUUUCCUGUCGUCUUUUAUUCUGGAUCCUACGUGUUGGGAAGUAGUUGGAACUGUGAAACUGUGGAAUGAAUGGUGUCGAACAUCCAAUACAACAAACGUCCUCCCAACAGAUUCUUUCUGCCUGUUCUAUCGAUUAAUAUCAGAUCCAACAGUUUUGUUGUGUCAGUGUAGUUGCUACGUUGCUGAGGAUCAACAGUUCCAGUGGCUUGAAAAGGUUUUUGGCCAUAUACGAAAGGAAGGCUUGCAAGUAACCAUUCUUUCAACGUGUCCUGUAGCUGACUAUAAAACUCAGGAAUCCACUUUGACACUUCCAUCUCCAUUUCUGAAAGCCUUAAAGACGAAAGAAUUCAAAGAGCAGGUCUGCUGCCCAUUGCUGGAACAACCAAACAUAGUGCGAGAUCUUCCUGCUGCUGUUCUGAGUUACUGUCAAGUAUGGCAGAUUCCUGCAGUAUUGUACCAGUGUUACACUGAUGUCAUCAAACUGGACACGGUUACAAUUGAAGCGUUCAAGCCUCUGCUUUCUUCUGAGACCCUGAAGAAUUUAGUCAAGGAUGUAUCUGAAAGCACGAAGAGUUUGAAGAAGUUGCUGACAACCAAUGAAAAUCACAAUAAUAUCUAUAUCUAAAGAGGACGCUUACAACACAGACUGCACUUUUUUAAACUCCUGUUUCUUCUGCAGAGGACAUCUUGGAAUUGUAGUUUUUCCUUAAAAGUGGAAUAAAUUCUGCUCAAUUU